AUGGUUCGCGCGCCUGUUGAGAAAUAUUCUGCUGGAAAAUUAGAACAACAUGUUAAUGUAAUACCAGAAGAAUUAAUAAAUCAUGAUGAAUAUUAUUUGUUUGCUAUUAGCUAUGUAUCUAAUAAACAAGAAUUAGAUAAAAUACUACAAGAAGAAGUGAAUAAACAAUAUUUUAAUUUAGAAUCAGGACUUGUUGUAAGAUGUCAUGUUAUAAAACAUGAGUGUGAAACUUUCGACAAAGAUAUUUUGAUUCAUGGUGAUAUUGUUUUGUUUAAUCUGCAUUAUAUAGCCUUUGACGGAGGUUCUGUAAAACCAUUUCUGACAGAUUUACAGAAUGCUUAUAAUAAUAAUAUUGUUUUAAAUACUAAUUCUAUACAAUAUAUUGAUUAUGCAAUAUAUGAAAGACAAAUGUUGGAUGAUGAUUCAUCUGAUUCUGACAUCAACCAAGCGAGAAUAUAUUGGAAAACAAUAUUAGAUGGAUAUAAUACAGAAAAACAUUUAUUACCAUAUGAUUAA